AUGAACCCACCAUCACCAUGGAAGACCCCAAACGAAGUAAUGCUACUCCACAAGAUGAAAAAACGAAAAAAAGCAUUACAGGAGCGCAUGCGGCAGCCCUCGAGUUCAGUAGCAGAAGAAGCAUCUAGUCAACAACCUAUUAAUUUAGAUUUCUCCAGAAUCCUUAAUGGAGACAAGAGAAAAAAUCCUUUCUCAAAAAAUAAUUUAGAACAAAAUAAAAAAGUUAAGCUCCAAUCAGCACCAGUGGAAGAAUCAAAUGAUCAUACUUUAUUUGCACUUCUAAAGUUACCAGCGAAGAUAGAAAAACCUCCACAAGAAGUUGAUACAGAAAAACUAUCAACAUUUUCAAAUCUCUUACAGAAGUUCACAGCCGAACACACAGUAGUCACUAGAGUUGAGGAAAAGAAAUAUAAACACUUAACAAUAGACUGGGCCCUUAAAACCAAGUUAAGGUUGAUGUCAACAAAACCAUUCCCUUGGACAUCCAAAUUGAAAGCCAGUGAAGAAGCAUCAGGAAUAACAGGAUUUGUCCGUUGCCUUGAUACAGCAUCUUCAUCUCUGGACACAUCCCCCCGGGCUCGGUUUCACCAGACCUGCCUGUACUGGCAACAUCCUCACUUGCCGUGGGUGUCACUGUACCCACGUUCAUCGGGCAGGGUUGCUGCAACCAGUUUCAUGGCAACCAAUGAGGAAGUCAAGCGAGGCCUCAUGACGGAAUGGACGGAGAGCUUUAGGUCGUUAUUUCAACUAGUCCGAGCGUUACACUGCCCAUACUUCUACGUUUUAUCGAAUACGUUUAGCGUCUUGUUCAUAGCGAGCGGUGUGUGUGGUGCCGCGGAGCCCCGGGCUCUAGUGGCGCCAACAACACGAGGUCUAAGGCAUGCUCUCAGGCAAGAAGAUGUUGAAUUUACCAUGCCUCUGAGACCUGAAAACAAGAAGAAGCUCAAUACCUCUGAUGAAGAACGAGGGAAGAACUCUUCAUUUGAUAGUUGUUAUGACACCAUGGAUGAUGGAAGGACUGAUGACCAGAACUGUUCGGGAGACGAAGACGACCCUGACGAGUUCCUCUCACAAAUGGGCCUCGAGACGGCUGAGCUUAGGAAGAUCAAUAACGCACAGGUGAUAGAAACAGUAUACUUUACUCACACGGUUGAGAGCAGUGUUGAUCGUUCAGCGGAGUCUUUGGUUGUGGUGAGCGGUGCGGACGCACAAGCUCUCUUCAAUUUCCUCCUGAAUUGUAAGUCAUUAGUCGCCGGCAGUGGACCGUUAGCGGGUGUACCGCCCACGUUACUCGCGCCCACUGCUUUCCACGGAGGAACAUUACAGGCUCUUAAGGUCAAAGAAAAUAUAAUAAAUUCUGAAAACAAUAGGUACUACUCUAUAGAACUACGAGGCCCAAUUCUACCAACUACAGUCCAUACAUUAUUUAAUGUACUGAAAAAUAGUACUACCUCGCAGUUUAGCGCUACUUUUGCACACCUCCAGCCGACGUUGGCUUUUACUUGGGCGGCUAGUAAAUUAGCAGAGGAAUCUUCCAAAGACAACGAACAGAACCAAUUCACAAAAGCAUUCAACAAAGAAAACUUAUCAGAUUGUGGUAUAAGCGACGAAAUGUUACAACUUUUCUGUUCAUCAGAUCCAAGUUCUAUUAAAUCUCUCGACAGUGUUAAAUACAAUUCAGAAGACGAUACGUAUACCUGGUGA